AUGCUGAAAUUGGGUGAAUUCCAUCAAGCUGAAGAUAUCUUUGGUACACAACUCAAUUUCGAAAAUGAAAAAACUUGGUGCAGUCAAGCUCAUCUCAAUCAUCAACUUGGAUAUGUGUAUAGUCAUAAGGGUGACUAUACGACUGCUUUAUCACAUUACCAAAAAGCACUUGAAAUGGAACAGAACUAUGUUGCCGAAGAUGAUUCGUCAUUGGCUACUACCUACAAAAAUAUUGCUGGGGUGCAUCAUUCAAUGGGUGAAUAUUCAUCAGCUCUAUCUUUUUAUAGAAAAGCUCUUCAUGCCGACCAUCCUUUGUUAGAUACUACAUACAAUAACCUAGGAUCAGUUCAUAGUUCAAUGGGUGAUUAUGUGGCUGCACUUGAUUUCUACAAAACAACACGUGCAAUGCGAGAAAAAUCUCUUCCUCCCAAUCAUCCAGAUUUUGGUACCAUUUAUAAUACUAUCGGAACAGCCUAUAGUUCAUUGGGCAACGAUCCAACUGCACUUUCAGAUUAUCAAAAGACUCUCAAAAUUCAAGGAAAAAUUCUUCCUUCUACACAUGUGGAUUUAGCUAUUAGCUAUGGCAACAUUGGUAUAAUACACAGUUCAAUGGGAAAUCAUUUAAAAGGACUUGCAUUUCAUGAAAAAUCCUUCAGAAUUCGAGAAAUAUCUCUUCCACCUAAUCAUCCUGAUAUAGCUAUUAAUUACAACAAUAUUGGUUCGGUACAUAAUACAAUGGGAAAUUAUACAACUGCAUUAUCAUUUUUUCAAAAGUCACUCGAUAUUCGAACAAAAUCUCUUAGCAAAAACAAAGCUUUCGAUAUUCGUCAACAUUCUCUUGGUGAAAAUCAUCCCGAGAUGGCUAAUAGUUAUGAUAAUCUUGGUACAAUUCAUAGUUCAAUCGGCGACAAAUCGAAAGCACAUGUUUGCUAUGAAAAAGCACUUGAAAUUCAACAGAAAUCUCUUUCAAAUAAUCAUCCGGAUUUAGUUAACACCUACAAUAAAAUUGCUCUCAAUCUCCGAUUGAAAUCACGUUCAGAAGAUCAUCUAUCUCUAGCUAUAACUUAUAACAAUCUUGGUUUAAUUCAUAAUUUGAUGAAAGACUAUUCAACAGUAUUGUCAUUCUAUGAGAAAGCAUUAGACAUUCAACAACAUUCCAAAUCAACUAGAGAACAAUCAUUAACAACAACAUAUUCCAAUAUGGAACUCACUUAUUAUCGAAAAGCAAUAGCAAUUGAAGAGAAAAUACUUUCUUUGGAUGACCCAUCCUUGGAAACAAUUUAUAAUAAUGUUGCAGUUGCUUAUGAUUGUGUAGAUGAUAAACAGAAUGCUCUGUUAUAUCAUCAAAAAGCACUUGCCAUUCGAGAAAAAGCUCUCUCUCACAAUGAUCCGGCAUUAGCUUCACCGUAUAGAAAUAUUGCAUCUAUACAUCAUUCGAUGAACGAGUAUUCAGAUGCUUGGAACUUUUAUCGAAAAGCUUUAGCAAUACUGGAACAAACACUUUCUCUUGAUGAUCUAUCCUUGGGAAAAACUUAUAAUAAUAUUGCUGUCGCUUAUGGUUCUAUGGAUGGCAAAACAAAUGCUUUGCUAUUUUAUCAAAAAGCAUUAGCCAUUCAGGAAAAAAUAUUUAGUCCUAAAGACACAUCAUUAGUUCCAAUAUACAGUAGCAUUGUAGCAAUUUAUUCACCUAUGGAAAUGAAAACAGAAGCUGCUCAAUUCUAUGAGAAAUCACUCCAUAUUCAAGAAUCAUUACUAUCUCCUAAUUAUUCAUCGAUGUAUGUGAUUCAUUUCAAUACAGCAAGAACAUAUGAAGAUCUUCAAAAUUAUGACGCAGCUUUUACACGUGUCGAGCGUUCUCUCUUUCACGCUCGUUUGGCUUUCGGUUUCGGCCAUGAAAAAGUGCAAAAUGUUGAAAGAUACAUUAAUAUUCCACGUUCAAAAUAA